AUGGAUAAAGAAGGAAUACUCAACGAUGAUAACGAUGAUAUGAUAAUAACGGCCGAAGUCGAAACCUCUCCUGAACCUUCCAACAUUCACUUAGAAGCGAGAGCGAAUGAAGAACGAAAUAGGCCUGCACCACUACCACAAAAUGACAGAUUUCGAAUUCUUGAUGGUAGUAUAAGUGUCUUGUCGAAAAUAAAUGAUAUAACGGAAGCAACAGCGGUCACUUUACAAUUCCAAUUGACUUCUCUUCGCAACAUGCUAGUAUCUCUAAAUACAGUGACGUUACCAGGAUUACUACCCACAGAUAACCUAAGAACACCGGGUGAAGUAAUUUCGUAUAUGAAUGGUCUUCAACAGGAUCAAACUACCCUUUCCCUUUUGAUGGAUCAAGUUUCUAAGAUUGAACCUUCCUUGUCUCAUAUACUAGAUAUAUUAGAGCUCAAACUGACAUCUUCUUCAGACCAUCCAUUGGAAAUAGAUUUUAAUCAGCUGUUCGAUCUGAUAGAAGCAUGUACUACUGAUAAAAACAUGCUAGUGAAGAAGCUACAUCUGCUGAAACAAUUGAGAGGUACGUCAUUAGAGUUCAACGAAAUCUCCAAGGAUCACAUGGAUACAUUGGAUGAGUUAAUAAAUAAAAAUAUUAAAGAAUGCUUUCAAGUACAGGAACUGAAAUUUUCAUCACCUAUUCGACAUACUCCUACAUUUACAUUGAAUCAACUAACAAAAUUGUUAUCGACAAGCGGAAAUCAUCAUUCUAUUCGUCAUGUUCAUGGGAGUCCCGGUAAACGGUUAAGUUCCCCAUUAUCUUCCUCUUCCUCCUUAAUGAUGGAGCCAAAAAUUCCAAUUUUCACACGAAUAGAUGAACAACUUUCUGAUAAUUUUACAACUUUGAAGAAUAGGAUACCACCAAUUGAAAAAAGUUUGACUGAAAUUUUACCUCAACGUAUUGAACAGUUCAGUUUACGAGAGUCGAUAGACUCAAUCGUGUCUAUAUUGCUUGAUUUCCUACAAAAGAAAUAUGAAAGAAUAAUGAAGAAUUUCAAAUUUCUUACGAACGAAAUCAAAGAGUUAAAAUAUGAAUUAAUAGAAAAAAGAUGGAAUGCAUUAUUUAUUAAUUUGAAUCAUGAGUUGGAAUGUAUUAUUGAUGAAGUUCAAUCGCUGAUUAAUAAGUUGGAAACUAACGAAUUUUUAACAAAAGAUAUUGAAGAACUAUUCGAAAAGCAACUGCGACAAAAAUCAAAAACCAUAUCAAAAACUUUUAAUAUCAUAUAUAGAGCCAUUGAAUUUUCUUUGUUGGACGCUGGCAUCGCAUUAAAAACUAAUGAUUUGGCUCAAAAAUGGUUAGAAAUAGGAACUAAAACAGAUAAUUUACUAUUAGCGAAUUUUAAUAAAUCGAGAGAAUUGAGUCAAUAUAUUGAAGUACGAAAUAAUAAAAACUUAUCUGAAAAUGGACAAAAUGAUAACGAGGAUGGUGCUACCCCUGAAGGAAACGCCAGUAUUGACUCUAUAACAGAUGCAAUUGGUAAUUUGUCACUAAAUUUUGAAGAAUUAAGUCCCGGGAAAAAGACCAGGAAAAAAUUUGGGGCAGUAUUGUUAAGAAAGAUGAAUAUUCGUCCGGCUGAUUCAGAAGAUGAGUCACCUACAGAAACUAAUGAUAAUAACCCGUUCUUUGAUAUGUCUUCACCGGUUAAAACAGAUAACUUUUUAACAUCAGGAACACUAACACUGAAUUCUGUUCCAAAUUUACCAUAUGAUGACAACAAAAAUAUCGUAGAUGAUAAUGUGAACAGUUUUGAAGAUAUAGACACAAGAAUCCCGUCGCCAACUCGCAGUUCUGUGACACGGGCAAAUGUUGCCCAUAAAGUCCCUCAAAUAUCAGCUAGGUUAUCAACCGUAUUUGAACAAGCAUACUCAGAUAAUUCUCAAUUCUCGACACCAGAACAAGUGCUUGAAGUGCCUCAACUGUCUAUACAACAGUUACAAUUACAAAAGAUAAAUUACCACUCAAGCAGGAGAAGUUUGAUUCCAAGAUCUAUAAAUAAGAUCGAUGUGGGUGUACAGAAUUAUUUAAUUGCUUCGAGGAAAGAAAAAUUAAGCCAUACAAUGGAUAACAGUAAAGAACCGUUUGGAUUAUGGACACCAUCCUCUAGGAGGAGAACUGAGCUGAAACAGCCAACACCGUUAUCUGAGUUACUUUGUUCAGUUCCUAGAAGUAGGAAAGCGAGCAUUCUGGAAAGAACUCGAUGA